AUGGAAACAGCAUGUGAGAGCCUCCUCGAAAAGGAUGAAGGUUUGGACCGGUGCUCGCGUGAGCACAAGCGAAGAUAUCCAGAGGUGUCUCUUCGAAGGAUAGCAAUCUUAUUUACGAUCGCACAAAUCAGUCUCAUCAUAACCUAUACUGCUGUAUUCCUACUUCUCAAAGAACGAGACAGUAGAGAUGACAAUUCGACCGGGGAUUUGAGGAUGUCGCCUGCGAGAGAUGCUAUACGGUAUGAGCAGCGAUACUUCGAAAAGCAGGGACACGUUACGAGUCCGUUUUCGGGUGAGCCACGGCCAGCAUUGGAGGAAGCAUGGCAUAAUUUACUGUCUGGAAUGAACAUACGGGUGUCAGAAGAGUACUUGACCCCAUACGGCGCAAAAUCGCUACCUUUAGCUGGAGGUGGUUAUGCAGCCCAGCUUGGAAUGUAUCAUGAGUUGCAUUGUUUGAAAAAGGUGCGACACUGGUUGUAUAAAGAUCACUACCACCACAAUGCUACUAAAGAGGAGUUAGCGCGGCAGGAAAACCAUAUCCAUCAUUGUCUGGAAUGGCUGCGAAUUGUAGCGCUUUGUAGAGGCGAUACGGUCUUGACGACAUUCGAGUGGGGUGAGCGAAACAACCUCGAGACGGAGUAUCCUAUUCCUCGCCAAUGUGUGGAUUCAGAUCAUCUACUAUCGUGGUCACAACAUAAUGCUGUGGAUUUGUCAAGUCCGGGCUUGCUCUCGAGGCCAGGAGAUUAG